CAAUCUCCCUUCCCUUCCCUCCUCCAACCACACUACACACUUCCGAAUACUUUCAAACCCUCGACCAAAACCACAAUGCCCAACAUCCUCAUAAUCGGCGCAACCCGCGGCCUCGGCGCAUCCCUCGCAAACGCCUACGCCGCCCAGCCCAACACGACUGUCUUUGGUACGACGCGAUCCCCCGCGGGUCCGAAGGGACUGAACGAGAAGAUUGUAUGGGUUCCCAAUAUCGAUGUUAGUGACAGCGGCGUGGGAGCGAGGCUCCUCAAUCAAUUGGGCGGUUUGGGAGUUGCUGGUGGAAUGGUGGAGGGAGAUAAUGAGGUUCGGGGUUUCGAUGUUGUUGUGAGUUUACCCCUCCUUGGAGAGCUCUGGAGGCACUGGAAUGGCUGCAGUAGGUUCCGCAAUGAAACAGAGUCUGUUUUUAAUUUCAUGAUAGGUAAUUUCCGCGGGAUACUUUGUGACGGAGGAUUUUGUUGAAGGCCCUAAAUGGGAGGAGGAGGUAAAGAUGUACAGUGCGUAUCAAGCUCCCAAAUCCACCCUCAUGGGCACGAAUACUAAGGCUUUAUUCCACAGCAACAUCGGCCAUAUCCCCACCCUUCAUAGUCCAUUCCCUAUCCCGCGCGAAAUACAUCUCAAAAGGAUCAAAAGUCCUUCUCAUAUCCUCCGAAUCUGGAUCCAUAACCCUACGACAUCCAAAAGAAGGCGGAGGCAACUACGGACACCAUGCUAGCAAGUCUGCACUGAAUAUGGUAGGGAAACUGCUGAGUAUGGACGUCAAGGAUAAGGGCAUCAUUAUUAGCAUUCUACACCCAGGAUUUAUGAGGACGGAAAUGACUGCUGGUGUAGGCUUUGAUAAAUAUUGGGAUGAUGGCGGGGGUGAGUUAAUACGUUCUCACACAUGGAGGAAAUGGGAUUUGGAAUAUGUUUGAGGGAAUGCUGACGAUUUAUAGCUGUGACGCCCGAUGAAGCUGCCAAAACACUAAUUGAUUGGACUGAGAAAUUAGAUAUGAGCAAGUCUGGGCAAUACUGGGCACCACGGGGCGCAAGUAAGAAAUCCAACAUCGUCCUUAGACUGGCUCUUGCUAAUUGAAUUGCUUUGAAGGGGACAUAGGAACAGCUGAUGUCACAAUUGGCACAAACUUACCUACUCCAUUGCAACUGCCAUGGUAGAUCAAAGGAAAUACAAUUCAAGAUAUCACAGUUCUCAUGGACCAAAUCACCCACAAAGUAAAAAUAUUUCUUUUCAUCAUUCUUCUUUAUUCAUAUUACAACUCCCCGUCAUCUCAUCAUUUCGACAAACUCCCAGAUUAAAUCCCAACUUUCCCGUCCCAAAUAUUAGGCGCGAUUUCCUCUUCCCAAUCGCAAUUUUUCAUACAGUCUCCCAACCCCAAAUACAUCACUUCUACAAUCAUCUUACAAGGCAGCGAUCAUUCCACCAACAAUCCCCAUAACGCUUCCAAGGCCCGCAAUCAACGUUGGAGCAGCACCCGCUCUACUCGAAGAGGACGAAGGGCUUGUAGAACCCGAACCUCCAGUACUCGAAGGUCUCGUAGUUGAAGUAGAGGUUGCAGUAAGUCUGGCGCUUGUCGAGAGAGCAGUGCCAUUGGAAGUUGGUGCAAUAGUUCCGCCGGUUCCUACAGCAGUCACGGUCGCGUUUGAAGCUACACCACCCGAUGCACGGAAUUGAUCACAUAAUUUGGCUCCGUUGUUCGCAGCGGUUGCGAGCUCAUCGGGUUUGCAUGCGUUGCUCUUGAUGAGGCAUGAGCUGGCGGAGUUUUGGAUGGAUACGUAGGCGGAUGGACUGCAUUGGCAGCUUGCGUCGGUCAAGGCGCAGCCUGCGGAGGUAAUGGAGCUUCUGAUGCAUUCUUGCUGUUGGGAUGUUAGUCGAGCUUUCUUUGUAAAGGGCGAUUUGGUGGCUAGAAGAGAUGGGAGGACUGCUUACAGCACAAGUUGGGAUACCGGCAAAGUUCUGAGCGGACACGAUAGUGGCAGCUGCCAUGAAUAGGAUUGAGUUGAACUGCAUAUUUGCGGUCGUAUGGAAAUUGGAAGGUUCAAUUGAAAACGAAUGUGAUGGUUUAAGUUUCAAGAGAUACUGUACGAGAUGAAGAUGGGAAAUGGAAGAGACGGUAGCAAGAUUGUGUACGGAUGAAGGAGGAAGAAAGAGAGUUGAGAUUGAUGAGAGAUUGAGGACAGGUUCUGGUCGGGGUCCAAAAGGUCCUUUUGAGCUCGUACGCCACAAACACUGCUGGGGAGAUUGAUUCACAAUUUACUCGUACACUGCCACUCACUUUCUUUCCACUGCCUCCUCUACCGAGCCGCAGACUCGGAUAUGCUUGCUCCUGAUCCCGAGGGGGCAGUCGCUAAACCUGUUUUGGUGACUUUGUGCUUCCUUCUGGGGGGGAUUUGUUACCACAUUUUGAUGUGUGGUUGGUUGUUGGAUACGAG